AUGAACAUUGUUAGCCGAACCAUCGGGUUUGAGUCUUCGUCUAGCCCUGUUCUCUUGGGUGAAAAGGAUAUAUCUUUGCCUUUGGCUGACGACUAUGUAGUGGUUGAGUUAGACGCCAUGUCGUUGAAUCCCGUCGAUAUGAAAAUAAAGAGUAUGCGCCUGUUUAGUGGGAACUACGCGGCAGGCCGUGAUUUCACAGGAACCAUCACACACGUUGCCGCCAAUCUUCAAGAAAAAUACAAUGUUGGUGAUAAAGUUUCGGGCUGUUUACACAGUAUGUUCCCCAAAGGAUUUGUCGGCUCGUAUACUUUAGUUAACGUCCAAGCAGACUCUCUGGUGCCUGUUCCCUCUCAAUUCAGCUCUAUUGAGGCUGCUGCUUUCCCUCUUGUUUUCUUGACCGCCUGGGAAAUGCUCGAAGACGCCUUUAUUGAUCCCAAAAAACCUGUUCUCGUUUUAGGCGGCGCAACCGCCGUAGGAACCAUGACCAUCCAAUUGCUCAAGCUCAAGUACAAUGCCGAGCAUGUUGUAGCUACUUGCUCUCCUCGAAGUAGCGACUAUGUCAAGUCUUUUGGUGCAGAUGAGACGAUCGACUACACUUCCGAUCUGCAGGGCAAGCUUCGCCACUAUGCUAGCAGUCAGGGCAAGUUCUGCUCAAUCCUUGAUGCAGUAGGCGGGCGCGAGGUUGCUUGUAUAGCUGGUCAUAUCCUUCAUGGUUCUGACGGCAAGUUCAAUUUCCUUUCUGUUGCCGGUGACGGCUCCAAGUCCGAGAAGUAUGCUUUAAACUUAGGUACCGUCACAGGCGGAUUUACCAUGCUUGGCAGAUCGAUGCUUGGCCGCUUUUGGGGCGUCAGGUAUAAGCUGGUUCGUGCAAAUAACAGUUGGAUGGACGAGGGUUCUAAGUUUUUGCGUGACACCACCAUCAAAGUGCCCAUUGAUUCUGUCUAUCCUUACGAAGACGCUCUCAAGGCGUGGGAUAAGGUCGAAUCCAUGAGAGCCAGAGGAAAAGUUGUUGUCGAAUUCAAAGCGGUAGAUGAGUGA